CAGUAUCUACCGCGUUGUGUACGGGGAGAGAGCCAGGCAUGCGACAGUGCUGGGGGGACCGUCUCAACUCAACCAUUUUUCUCUUGCCUGUUGCGCUGGAACACUGAAGUGCUUUCAUUUUUUCAGUGUUAAGAUAUUGUUGUAAAUUGUCACUUACUGUGCAAGUGCGCGGUGAAAUAUAUGUUUAUGAAUAUUUUUAUCUUACCACACAGUAGAGACCAGCCGAGAGACAGAGCCAGAAGCUGUGACUCGACCCCUGUAAUCACAAGUAGGAAAAUAUUAGUUUGUGGCAGAAAAUUAAUAGAAAACGACGGAAAUAUCUAAACUUAAUUGUUGUAUUUAAUAAUGAGUAAGGAAUAAAUACAGAUAUUGAAGAUUUUUUUAAUGGAAAAGUGAAUGUUCGUAAAUUUCAGCACCAUUAGAGAAAAAAACAAUCGAGCCUAAAACUGAUAGCAGUGGAAAUUAGUGAAUAUCAGUUUCUAGUCUACGAAGAAAACGUGACGCUGCGACGAAACCGCGACUGUGCAAAGAAAAUGUCUUUGAAAAUUAAAAUGUAAUGGCGCAAAGAAAACGUGAUGGGACGAAGAAAAUGUGAUGGUAUACGAAAAAGAUGACAAUACAAAGAUAACGAGAUGGUACCAAAAAUAUUAUGUCAUGUAACGUAACAACACAAAGGAAACGUGAGCAGUAGAACUGAAAAUACCAACUAAAAGCAAGCAGUGAAACGUGGGGGAACCACAUAUGAUACCCUGUAUUAAGCAAAUGAACUGAUGUGCCAGUGUCGAUCUAAACACAAUGGGUAAUCCAAAGUGGCACGUACAGCUAUGAAAACAUUCUGUAUUCUCAUAUAAAAAUAAACUCUAUAAGCCGUGUGGUAAAUUAAUGCUGCUACUAACAUGACCCAAAGCCACAAGUUAUACUGGACAACAAAAGUAGCAUAUUAAAAUAUUAUCCAGUUACUGAAAUAUUAGAAUAUUAAACAGCUACUGAAAUAUUUGAAAUUUUUAAUUCUGAGUGAUAAACACUUUAAAUUUACAUAGGUGAAGAGAGAACUCAGCUACGCAUUAUGGUAGCAACACCACGCAGUCCCGUCCACCAGGCCACAGAGGAUAUACUAUAUUAUUAAAACUGCAUAAUACGCUUUCAGGAACUUGAAAAGGAUGUUAAUUUUUGAACAGCCAACGAGGCGUGUAUUCAGCGUCAAAAUGUGGAAGUGGGCGUGGGUGUGGGCGUGUUUCUUCAGUGCCACGCCUUUAACCUCGUCACUCUUUGUCCCUGAAGCAGAGGGACAAGGUGCUGGCGCCACAGUAGUGGAUGUUCUCAACCGCAUGGUGCAGGUGCUGGAGACGCAGGAGAGGCACACGGCCCUGUACGAGCGGGUGGCUCUGCUGGAGGAGACACUCAGCAAGAAGACCGAGACAGAGGUGAGGCUGGAGGCCGAGGUUUUGCAGUUACGUGCCAAAAUUCCCACCUUGGAGGAGGAGAUCAAGACAAUCCCGGAGAUGAGGAAAAGCGUAGCGGAGUUUGAAGCCAAGAUAGAAAAGUUGUUUCGAGACUAUGAGGCUAAACUGUCAACGCUGGCUGCUGAGGUUCUUCGUCUUAAGAAGAAUGGAGGGAGAAGGAAGGACCUUCCUCCACAGAGUGACGGCAUCGAUGACCUCCCAAGGAAAGUGCCCUCGUGUCCGGAGGUGGGUCAGGGUAUGGAGGCACAGAGGAUCGGUGACCAGUGCCUCUACUUCUCCUUCGAGUCCCAGCGCAACUGGACGUCUGCACACCACCGAUGCCAGCAACUGGGAUGGGACCUCGCGGAGCCUAAGGACAUCGUGCCCCUCAAGACCUUUCUACACCAAACCUACAUUCACGGUCCAUCGUUGUGGCUGGGAGCAUCUUACGACCUGGAUGAUGUCGAUACAGCGGCGGUUGAUGCAAACGUGGCUGCGUCUCCAGUGCUUCCAAGCAAUCUUCAAGAUGAUAAGAAACCCAGUUCUGGGUUUUCUCAGGGCACAGGCAUAAGCUCAGCAUCGUCCAGCAACGCCCUAGAAAGCAACGGGGAUGAUCUUUCCCUUAUACUAGGCCCCGCAAUGGCAUUGGAGGCUGACAACGGCGAUGGAGCCACGCGCGAGGUGAGAGGGACUGCUGGAAGCCUCAGGAGGCUCCUCGAUCAAGACGCUAUGUUUGAUGAAGGCUUUCUCAGUAACAAGGGAAGAAUUGCCCUUCCUCGUAGGUUCCUGAAGCCCCACCAGAACACACUUAGUAAGUCUGUUAUUCGUGGCUUCCCAGGAGAAAGCCUGAAAGAGACCAUUCGUGAUGCUUCUGUUGUUGACUUUAUCCUUCUUGAAGAGCCAGUGGAGCCUCCGGCACCUUUGCCUGACGCCUCCAGUGACCACAUCCUCCCAGAAUAUUCAAAUAUGGAAGAGCGAUCCAUCCCGGUAAACUUAACUGCGGCAGAUAUUCCACUAGAUGACCCCAGCUCACAGUCCAGAAACACCAGCAGAGAGAGACCGCCUCUGGGAGACGAGAUAGUCCAGGAGAAUGGAGUCUCAGAGAUACUAGAGAUAGGGGAGAGCAAGGGAACGAGGAAAGCCAGGAUGAAGUGUAUGCUUCUCCAGCAGAAAGAAUCCCUUGAAUACGAGUUGAUAGGGCGUCCAUGCAAUGAAGUACACAGCUUUGUGUGUGACAUGAAAUUCAUUCUCGAUAACCUAGUGCCUGAAUGAUGUUGUUUUUAAACCUUUAU